GCGACGCCUCUGGCGGCCGGAAGUGGAAUCGCUCCCGGGCGCAGAGUGGAUGAAGCACAGGGAAGCCGACCUGGCCAGAGAAAAAUGCUUCCCUUAUCUAUUAAAGAUGACGAGUACAAGCCGCCCAAAUUCAGUCUCGGCGUGAAGCUGUCCGGCUGGAUCCGCUCCAUUCUUUCCGACAAGACAUCCCGAAACCUGUUCUUUUUCCUGUGUUUAAAUCUGUCCUUUGCCUUCGUGGAGCUUCUCUACGGAAUAUGGAGUAACAGCUUGGGCCUCAUCUCCGACUCCUUUCACAUGUUCUUUGACUGCACGGCACUGCUGGCUGGAUUAGCAGCGUCUGUCAUUUCCCGGUGGCGAUACAACGACUCCUACUCAUACGGGUACGUGCGGGCCGAGGUGCUGGCUGGCUUUGUGAAUGGCCUCUUUCUGGUGUUUACAGCCUUCUUCAUUUUCUCUGAAGGUGUCGAGAGAGCACUGGAGCCUCCAGACGUCCACCAUGAACGGUUAUUGCCAGUGUCGAUUGCAGGGUUGAUAGUCAACCUGAUUGGAAUAUUUGUUUUUCAGCAUGGUGGUCACGGCCAUUCACAUGGAGGUAAAGAACACGGUCACAGCCACUCGCUGUUUAACGGGGGCUUAAGUCACGGCCAUAGUCAUGGAGGACACGGGCACAGCCAUGGGCACAAGCACGAAGAGAAGCAUGGACACAGCCAUGAACAUCACGGGCAUGGGCACGGGCACGACCACGGUCAUGGCCACUCUCAUGAGGAGCAUUGUGAAGAUAAUCACCUUGGCACACAUGAACAUGGCUCCAGCAAGCAGAUUUUACAAGGAGUCUUUUUGCACAUUGUAGCCGACACGCUGGGAAGCAUCGGCGUCAUCAUAUCCGCGCUGUUAAUGCAGAAGUACGACCUCAUGAUCGCUGACCCCAUCUGCUCCAUGCUCAUCGCUUUACUGAUAGGAGUAAGUGUGGUGCCACUACUCAAAGAGUCCAUUGGAAUACUCAUGCAGCGAACGCCACCUUCACUGGACUACCACCUGCCAGAGUGUUACCAGAGGGUCCAGCAGCUUCAAGGCGUUUACCAUUUACAGGAGCCUCACUUCUGGACACUCUGUACGGACGUCUACAUUGGAACACUGAAGCUUGUGGUCGCCCCCGAUGCUGACGCCCGUUGGAUUUUAAGCCAAACGCACAACAUUUUCACUCAGGUGGGAGUACGACAGCUGUACGUGCAGAUUGAAGUGGCUGCCAUGUGACACGCUUUGUAGUUGACUCCUUGGACCAAAGCCUUUUGUGGUAACACGUGGGAUCAUUAAGAUGAGUUUUCCCCCCACUCCCCCAUCCUCUAUCUCCCCCCCCCCCCCCAUUUUUCCCUACACUCUGGAGGGUCUUCUGUCCAGCACCAAGGGACCAGUCAGAAUGCAUUCAGGACAGAAGGCCACAUAGAGACAACUGUUGCCAAUCAUGUGACAAUGCCAUCUAAACUACUGUGACACCGUCUAUCGCCCCUUAUCCCAACAUGUGUUUUUUUUUUUUAAUUGAUUUUGUGAUCCAUAAAUAUUGAGACUGGACCUCCUGCUAGUGCCUCACGUGUAACCGGGUCAUGCUGGAGUGUGUUGUUUGCACUUUGCAGACUUAACAGAGCCAAACCAUAUUGGGUUUCAUUAUGUGCCUUUUAAUACUGUGGAUGCGGACCCCCAAGAGGUGUGGUUAGGUGGGCCAACCUCACUUGUUACCAGGAGGCAGACUUAGACACCUUUUUUUUUUUUUUGCUUGGCUCUAUCUUGCAGGUGUUCUAUCCCAGCGACUUGGCUGUGGCCCUUUCAUGUUUUCCCUUCUGGUUUUAUUUUCUGGGCUCAGUCACUCGGCUGUCAUCAUAUGAAAUUAUAUAAAUUAUAAUAAAAAAAAGAAGACCUGGUCAGCAGCACCGGUGCCACAUCUGUUGGACGCUCCAGCUGGACAGAGAAGUGGACUUGUGACGAUAUGGGAGAUCUGCACCUGGCACCUCCCCUUGAGGAAGAUCCUUCCAAGUGCAUCCUUGUGUCCUCUUGCUUUUUCUCUCCUCACUUGAUUCACUGAAAUCUAAGAUGGCUAAAUAAAUUUAUGAUCAACGUUACCCUUGAGGCUUUUCCUCUCAACAACAAAAGUGGACAGGCAGUCUGGUAAGACCCCAGGAUGAGUGGGUCUGUAGGGAAUCGGCAGUGAAGACUGGUUUGUAAAAAAAGAGGACUCUAAAAACUGGCGUCCAAGGAAGAGGUUCCACCAGAAAAUGACUCGGCAGCAGGUGUAGACGGUUCAGAGGGCACAAGUGCCACCUUUGUGGGUUUCUUGGGGUCUGCACACUCAAGGCCAAUUUAGGCUUUGUGCAUCUGUGUGAUGAAAAUUUCAUCCGCAGUCGUGUCACUCGGGCAAGUCCAUCUGUGACCGUGUGUCUCCACAUUGUUGUGUUCACACGGUCCUGUAUUUGGAAACCGCUCAGGCACUAGCCAACAAAACAUGUCUGUGUUCAACGUGGACAGAUAUGGACCGAUUCUGUACCAGUUCAGUGCUGUGCACACGUGAUUGUACCCUAAACAUAAGAGAGUGCACAUCCUCUGUCUGUGAGCGCAUCUGCAGAUGUCUACGUGCGUUCAGUUUUGAAGUAGAGGUGUUCCUUUAGCCAGCCAAGAUGCCCAACGUGAUGUAGGGCCGUUUCCCGCAGGUUCACCAUGAAGUAAUUUGACUAGCAAGUGUGACGUGGAGGGUGACCCACAGGUACGGGCCUUCACAAAAAAAAUAUAUAGUUCAGGCUAUAGAGAUGCAGAGUAAGGCUAAGCACCUCUUUGAAAGUGACAAAGGGUGGGAUGGGAGGUGAGGUGAGGUGAGGUGAUGCUCAAGCUGCCCUGGGGUGGACAGAAGAUUGGAUGACCCCAAGUACAGGUUACCCGAGUCUGAUGCUGCCAUUUGUCAGUCACUGGAAAGUUGGGCCCAUUUAGGGCUUCAAAAGUUCAACUGGGUUGUCCUAUUGCUUCACAUCACGCCCCCUAUAGGUCACUAGUUUAAGAGGUUGCAGAUUCAGGUUUUCUCCAUGGUCAUGCUGCAGUGCACCAUACAACACCCAAAGGUGUAAUAUAGAAAUGGGAUCGUAUUAUUUCUAAAAUCUUUUGUAAUGAAUAAAAGAAAAUACACUUCCUGAAACUUGAAAUGCAGUGUGACGAAGCACCCCUUAGUAACCUCCAGUCCAGUGGGAUGAUGCCAGCUAGGGGGGCACCACCUUUUUCUCCCACCGUUUUUCCUCUGCAACCAAUUUUUAAUCCCAGGACAUCCCAUAAGAAGAUUUUAAAUUUGAACUUGGUGACGCAGCAGGACUGUUUUUACAUGUUAUAUGAUCUGAUUCUUGCUGAAGUUAAUAAAAAUCAGACUGCAGUUUGUA